AUGAAAGCUCGGUUGGAAAAAACAAAAAUGAAUUGCCAGAUAGUUCUACUGGGACUUGGAUGCUGUUUUGUGCUGCAGCUGCUAUCAUGCGCGCCGCUGGUAUGUUCGGUGGACGACCCGACCAACCGCCUUUUAGUGAACAUGACUCUGGUUCGAAACGCUUCGGCUCUUGGAGCAUAUUGCUUGGACGGAAGUUUACCGGCGUAUCAUCUAGACAGAGGAUUCGGAGCCGGAGCACGCAAUUGGCUUUUGCAAUUUGAGGGUGGGGGAUGGUGCAAUGACAUCCCAUCCUGUUUGGAUAGAGCCAAAACUCGAAGAGGAUCAACACGUUACAUGACCAAAUUGGAAGUCUUCUCCGGCAUUCUCAGCAAUAAUGCUUCUUUAAAUCCAGAUUUCUACAAUUGGAACCGAGUCAAACUUAGAUACUGUGAUGGUGCCUCAUUUGCUGGGGAUGCAAAGUUUGACAAUGGGACCUCACUGCUCUACUUCAGAGGGCAGAGAAUUUGGCAAGCCAUUAUUCAUGAUCUCCUACCCAAAGGGUUGGGACAGGCAAGGAAGGCAUUGCUUUCUGGUUGCUCUGCUGGGGGUCUGGCAACCUUCUUGCAUUGUCAAAACUUCACAAAUUAUUUGCCAAAGAACACUACCGUAAAAUGCCUGAGUGAUGCUGGUUUUUUUCUGGAUGAGCGAGACAUCUCUCUUAACCGCACUAUGAGAUCUUUUUACGAAGACCUCAUCUCUUUACAGGGUGUAGAACAUAACUUGGACAAGAAUUGCACCAGCACUCAGCUCUAUCCGGUGAAUUGCUUCUUCCCACAGUAUGCUUUGAAAUACAUCAAAACACCAUUCUUUGUCUUAAACACAGCUUAUGAUGUUUAUCAAUUUCAUCACAUAUUGGUGCCACCUUUUGCUGAUCCAAGAGGACAUUGGUAUCACUGUAAGCUCAAUCCAGCCGCAUGUAAUGCAGCCCAAAUCGCCACACUGCAAGGAUUCAGAAAAGACAUGCUUACAGCUUUAAGGUUCUUGUUCCUGUACUCAAGAAGAGACGGGAUGUUUAUAAACUCUUGCUUCGCUCACUGCCAAAGUGAAGAUCAAGAAACAUGGUUUGCGGAUGAUUCUCCAAGAAUACACAAUAAGACCAUAGCAGAAGCCGUAGGAGAUUGGUAUUUUGGGAGAAGGAUCAGCAAGGAGAUUGAUUGCCCAUACCCUUGCGACAACUCUUGCCAUAACUUGAUUGGCGGAGCUAGCACAUUGACACAAUUCUUCUACUGA